UCAGUGGGCAAAACAGAGAGGAAUUCAGACGCAUAUUCCAUGCUCGCGAGGCUCUUUUUGCGUGGUUUGUCGUUGACAGUUCACAAAGAGAAUAAAAUACCGCAAUUUGUUGUUAUUUUGAUAUUGUAAAUAAUAAGUGAUACGGAAUUCGGAAGGUGUGGAAGUCAAGGCGAGAUCGGUGGCUCGGAAAGGGCGGGUGUCACCUGCGCCACAUUGUGCAAUCCAUUCACCAAAUUGAAUUUUUGGAGAUUUCUGAGAGGUUAAAAUCGAGAUCGAGGGCAGGUGGAGGGCUUUCAUCAUGUUUGGCAAUACUGGUAACACCUCGUUCGGAGGCUUCAGCUCGGCCACGCAGAGCAGCCCCUUCGGUCAAUCGAGUUUCGGUAAGCCGAUAUCCACGACCACGGGGUUCGGUACAACCUCGACGCCAGUGUUCGGGGCCAACAACACCUCCUCCCUGUUCAGUGCGAAGCCAGCGGGGGCCACCACAGGUGGUCUCUUCGGGAACACAGCGGCAGCCCCAGCCUUCGGCCAGCCAGCCACCACCCAGUCGUCCUUCGGGGGCUUCGGCACCAGCACCGCCAACACCAGCCUCUUCGGAACCCAGCAGAAUGCCAACACCAGUAUCUUCGGAACUGGCGGGACAACCUCAGCCUUCGGCCAGACGCAGAAGCCCGCGGGCUUUGGAUUUGGCGCCAGCACAGGAACUUCUCUCUUCGGACAGACGCAACAGCCUGUUCAACAGACAACUCCUUUUGGCCAGAUGAAUAAUACAGCUAACACCAGUCUUUUUGGAAAUCCAGGGGGGUUCAGAGCUGGGACAACUAGCACUGGCAUCACUGGAACUGGAAUGGUGAAAUUCAGCCUGGUCACAGGAACCGACACAAUGGUGAAGAACGGUGCAACGCAGAACAUCUCGACCCGUCACCACUGCAUAAUGGUGAUGAAGGAGUACGAGAACAAAUCCCUGGAGGAGCUCCGCCUGGAGGACUACACAGCCGGCCUGAAAGGUCCAGCGCAGGCAGGCCAGACAACGAGCCUCUUCGGAGCCCCCACCCAGACGUCCCCGUUCGGCAACACCGGUGCCAUCACGAGCACAGGCACCACUGGGUUCGGCUCCAUGGCCAGUGGCUUCGGCACCACCAACCAGUCGACAACAUCUGGAGGCCUCUUCGGGAAAUCAGUGCCUGGUUUUGGCACCCCAGCCACCACCACCAGUGCCUUCGCCUUCAACAAUUCCACGCCAUCUACAGGUCUCUUCGGCACAAACACACAGUCUAAGCCCUUCGGUGCAGCAGCCCCAACGACACUAUUCUCCAACACCAGCACCAAUCAGCCAGCCACAGGUUUUGGAACCCUCAACACCAGCCAGUGCACGAAUUUCGGUGGGUUUGGAGCCCCCCAGCAGAACCAGAGUCUCGGACUCUUCAACCAGAGCAAGCCAGCCUUCAAUAUCGCCCCAGCUACGUCAAACACUGGCUUUGGAUUUGGCCAGACGACACCAGCCAGCACUUCCAACACUCUCUUCGGUGCUAAGCCCAUUGGAACCACUGGAUUCGGGACUGGAACCACCGGCUUCGGGGCCACCCCAGCCCCUGCCUUCGGCACAAACCCAGGAUUUGGGACGACAUCCAACACCAACACUUCCCUCUUCAACACUCCCUUCAAGCCUUCAACACAAACCAGUGGAUUCCCCUUCGGAGCUACACCCGCAGCGACCUCAGCACUGGGGACCAACACUGGCUUGACCCUGGGAGGAACCUCCUCCCUCUUCGGUCAGAGCAAGCCUGGAGGGCUGUUUGGCAAUCCCUCGACGACUUCGACCUUCAACAAUCUUGGGGCCUUUGGAACCUCUGGGGGAUUCGGAACCACUGGAGCCACCAACACUGGACUUGGAAUGAAUCUCCUAGGAGGGAUGAGCAAUCCAGUUCAGCAGAAUUCCUCGUCUGUACCUGUUCACCAGCAGAUCCUGGCGCUGGUGUCAGCCCCUUUCGGAGACUCUCCACUGCUGAAGAACCUUCUGCCAGCCUCUGGCAAAGCAGCUGAGAUACUGAAGCCAUCGAAUGCACCAGCUGGCAAGAACAUGCACAACUCCCAGUUCAAAGUGUCAACGACGAAUUCCCCUAAAGUGAAGGCUAGAGUGGUCACCCCAGCGCAGUUAUCGAAGAAAUCGUUGUUCGAGGGGCUGGAGGAGGAGGAUCCAACCCUGUUGGAGGCCUUCCAACCGAGGUCCAACGCAAAGCGUCUGGUGCUUCGACCGAAGCCCCUGGUGAACACCUCGUCAACUUCUGAGGGCAACUCCAGCCCCCGGAACAACGAGAAUAGUGUGCUGGAGGGACAGGACGCCUCUGUUGAAGAGCCUGUUGACAAGGAGAACUACCAGGGGCAGAGUAACGAGCGAAGAUCCUCGUCCACCUCUUGGCUGAGGAAGAAGACUCUCACCAGGAACAUGAAAAUCCCUGAGGAGGAGUUCGAUGGACAAAAGUCACCCUUCAACUCCUCGGAUAAUCACGAGGAGCCCCUGGAGAACACAGUCUUAGAGUUUCGGAGUAAUGAGAAUCAUCAUCAGGGGAAGGGGCCAACCUCAUCACCUGCCAACGCCAGUCUCAAUUGCUCUCUGGGGGACAAGAGUGCGGGGGAGUCUGCUGGCUUCAACGACUCCACUCGAGACCUCGACGAGAGUGCUUUGUCGUAUCAGGGGGACUGCGCUGAGUCCAAUCCAGCUAAAGUGACUCUUCGUCGUGCUGGAUACUACACUAUUCCCCCAGUGGAUCAGCUGGAGGAGUUUGUUCGUGGCGACAGCUGCAUUGUCCCCAACUUCACCAUUGGGAGGAAGGGGUACGGGAACGUCUACUUCCCUGACUCCUUCGAUAUUUACGGCCUGAACUUCGAUGAGAUUGUUUACUUUCGUCACAAGGAGGUUGUCAUAUAUCCUGAUGACGAUAAGAAGCCACCAGUGGGGCAGGGCCUCAACAGGAGGGCUCAGGUGACCCUCGACAGGGUCUGGCCGCAGGACAAGAACCUCCAUGAACCCAUUACCGAUCCCCACAGGCUCAUCGCCAUGAAUUACGAAGCCAAAUUGAGGAGAGUAUCUGAGAAACACGACAUGAGGUUCUUGGAGUAUCGCCCUGAGACUGGCUCGUGGGUAUUCAAGGUCGAUCAUUUCUCGAAGUACGGGCUGAGUGACUCUGACGAUGAGGACGAUGUGCUGGUGAAUCAGAAUAUGAAGAAGUUGAAGGCUGAGGGACGGACUUUUCUCCUGGCCGACAGAGCUGGGAUGAAGAAGAAAUCGCCGAGUGUUCUGAAGCAGGUGCAGCUGGUGGGGAAUCAGAAGAUUCAGGGGUUUGGGGAUGUCAUGGAGAUUGGCGAGGGGCAGGAGGACGAGGUGAAGUCGCCUGUUCAGGGGGAGAACAGGGAGAAACAGUCUGCCUUGAGCCCGACAUCGAUUUACGCUAGAUUAGCAGGCACUGACAGCCACAAACUCCAGCUGAUGAAGGCCAGCUUCUUCGAUGCUGAGAACAAUGGGGAUGACUCUUACAAUUAUGCCCCCGAGGGGAUGUUCAAGCCCUUCGACGAUGGGAAGAAGGAGCAGAGCGAUGGGUUCCCCUCCAAGAUUACGAAUUUCGUUAAUCAGGAGACUUUGUCGUUCUCCAAAUCAAUGUCCAACGAGUCUUUCUACGCCGACAAGGUGAGAGACUCGAAAGGCCUCGCCAGGAGUAAAAGUGAGGCACUUGAGGCUAAAGCUGAGAAGCCCAAGGCCUUGGCUAAGUACUUUCCCCCGCCAAUCGUCAACCCCACGACGAUUGUCCUGAAAUUCAGGUGUGAAGUCAUCCCCCUGAGGGAGACGAUUGGUAGUAAAUUGCGGUUCCAAUGCAUCAGUGACAUUGGAAUCCAGAUGGGGAGGAAGUUCAAGCCCUGCUGGGGGCCCGGGCUGACCCUGAUAUCCCUGAGCAGCCAGGAGCAGGCGUCGGUGGUGCCACUGCAGAAUAAAUUCAGCCAGAUCGAGAGCUACAUGUCUGGGAGAUUGAUGGACGAUCACACGUCGACGAGCAUCAUCCAACGACUGCAGAUCCUCGGAGGCACGAGGGCAGACGCUGAUUACCUGAAGAUCUUCAGAGAGAGCAUCGAGGGACACCUCCUGAUCCAGUUGAACAACUCGGUGAUUGGACGGGAGGGCAAUUGUCCCUGGAUUCGUGCUGGCACUGGGGAUUCGGGGCUCAACGCUCUCCACCACCACUGCAAUCUCGCUCAGGAGCUGGCAGACCAGUCCAACGAUCAUCAGGCAGCUUAUGCCAACGACGUCUGGCAGCUGUGUGUCGCCCUCUGGGGGAAGCUGCCCCACAUCGACCCUGACACCAGCCCCGAGAGCCACGAGUACGUCAUGAUCAGACGAGAGGCCUUUGGGGACUGGCUGAAGGAGGUCGUUGAGAGCUCUGUCCAGAACGACAUAUCGGGGACAACAGACGAGAGUGAGUCCAUCCUGUCUCUGCUCUCUGCCAACAAGCUGGAGGAGGCUUGUGAAUGGGCCAGAAAAUCAGGGGACUAUUGCCUGGCACUACUGAUCUCCCAGCUGGGGGGCACAUCCUCAGUGAAGGAGCUCAUAAAACAGACGAUUGCCCUGUGGCAGGCCACCGACAUGCUCCCCAACAUCUCCCUGGAGCGUCUGAAGAUCUACAUGCUGGCUGCUGGCACCCACCUCAUCAUGUUCAACGAGGAAACAGUGAACGUCUGCGAGAAAUUGGACUGGAAGAGAGCUCUGGCCAUUCACCUCUGGUACCUCUCCCCUCCCACCGCCUCGAUAACGGACGUUCUCGAGCUGUUCGAGGGCUCCUUCAAUCCUGAAUCCAACGACCAGAUCUACGCAGCCCCACCCCUGCCAGAGUACAAGGAGGAGGAGUUUGAGGCUGAAGUCGUGGGGAAGAAAACCUACGAUCUAUGCUAUCAUUUGAUCAAGCUCUACUGCACUGGCAAUCAUUCCCUCGAGGAGCUGCUGAACCCUCUCACCCACACGUCUGAUCCUCUGGACUACAGACUCAGCUGGCUGCUGCAGCAGGUCAUCGUUGGGCUCGGGUAUUCACACUUGUCUGAGCAUGUGGCCACGAUGACUCAUACGAAUUUGGCUGCUCAGCUGGAGGCCCACGACCUCUGGCACUGGGCGAUUUUCGUGGAUCUGCAUCUGAAUGACGUGGGGAUCAGGAGGAAGGCUGUCUUGGAUCUGCUGUCUCGUCAUGUUCAGAUUGAUGAGGAUCCGGAGUAUGUCGGGAGGGAGACCUUCCUCGUGGAGCAGCUGGAGAUACCUUCGAUGUGGAUUAACGAGGCGAAGGCUGUCAAGGCUCUUGCUGUCAAGAGGUAUGGGGAGGCUGCUUGGUACCUCCUCCAGGCACAGCAGUGGAACCAGGCGCAUGGCGUCAUCAUCCAGCAUCUGGCUGCUGAUGCUGUCAUCAAUGAGAAUUACGAGUACCUCAGGGAUCUGCUGGGGCCUCUGGUGCCAUCAGAGUGCCAUAAUCUUGUGAAUGGCUGGAGCCAUCAGGGACAGCUGCUCUGGGAGUACAUGGAGAUCGCUGGGGAGAUCGAGAGGUUCGUCAAGACCAAGGAUCUGGGGAAAAUUGGGUAUCGACUGGAGAUGCUGCAGCCGCAGCUCAGCUCGUUGUGCACUAAGAUUAAUUUGUUCCCUUGCACCACUGCCAAGUUGACACUCUGCCAGGCGGAAAUUGCCAAGAGGACUCUGCAUCUUGCUAGGAGCUUGCUGAUGAUGCAGCCCAGUGAGGACCGAUCCACCACGAGGGUGCUCGUGCACUUGGUCUCGCAGCUACCACUUCCUGAGGAUUAUGCACAGCAGGAGCUGAGACCGUUGAUUAAUAUGUGCGUUAAUGAGAUUGUUGGACGUUGAGGGGAGUUAUGAGCCUGGAAUGGAGCUUUUUUGGUAUUGAUAUCUCGGGAUUGGGGGGAGAUUGAGAAUUUUUUUUUAUUUUCAAGGGGCUUUUGGGGGCUUGAAAUGAACUUUGAUUUGGGGAGAUUUGAUGAUUGAAGGUCUGGUUUUUAAUCUUCUUUUUUCUCUUCAAUAGUUGUUCAACUAUUCGAGAUUCUUCUACCCUUUUCAUAGGUCUUUUUGAAAUUGAGUCGAUAGCCGUCGGAGGGUGGAAAUAAAUUAGCUGAAGAAAUCCAUAAAUAGUUUUUUUUGAUGUUGAUAAUUAAUACGGAGUGACAGCUCAUGUAAAUAAUGAUGAGUGCGGAGAAUUAUUUUCCUUUUUCUACUGAUGACACACUGAGAGGUCUGGUAAGAAGACAUUUGGUAAAUCUAGGGAAUACGUAAUUACCUUGUACUAGGAUUAAUCUUUCUAUUUCUAUUUUUUGUCGUUGUAAUUGAGCCUGGAUAAAGCAGAAUGAUGGAUAAAGAAUGAAAAAUAAAAAUAAAGAUUGGAAACAAAA